CCUUUGCUUACUAAGUUUACGGAAGAGCAACUGGUGGAAGUGAACGCAAUUUAAUGGAUGAGAGAAGGAGAAAUCGUCGAUCUACGUAGAUAAUACGCUCGAAUUUAUUCUCUAAUAGAUAGGAAAAGGUCGAAAAAUGCCUUUAUUUGGCCAAAAUCCGUUCGAUCAGGAUGUGGAGAAAGCAACUAGUGAAACUAGCACAGCAGAGGACUGGGGCCUCAUUAUGGAUAUCUGUGACCGGGUUGGGACAACUCCAAAUGGUGCAAAGGACUGUCUCAGGUCAGUCAUGAAGCGAGUGAACCACAAGGUCCCUCACGUCGCUAUGCAAGCGUUAACGUUGCUAGGUGCCUGCGUCUCAAACAGUGGAAAAAUAUUUCACCUAGAAAUCUGCUCGCGGGAGUUUGCCAGUGAAGUUCGUAGUGUGUUGAACAAGGUUCACCCAAAGGUUGGUGAGAAACUGAAGGCCCUGAUGGUGGAGUGGGCCGAAGAAUUCCAGAAAGACCCGCAACUGAGUCUCAUCAGUGCCACCAUCAAGUCCCUCAAAGAAGAAGGAGUCACCUUUCCCACAGCAAACACCCAGAGUUCUAGCACUAAGCCUAUUAGCACUCCUGCCACCAGCAGAGCCCCUAAUGAUGAUGACCUGGCCAAAGCAAUUGAGCUGUCCUUACAGGAACAGAAACAGCAGGCAGAGACACGACCCCUCACCAUGAUAGCUGAUCCACCCUACAACACAAAUGGAGGGAAAGAGUCACGUAAAGUGCGCGCACUCUAUGAUUUUGAAGCGGCUGAGGACAAUGAACUCACUUUUAAGACUGGAGAGCUUGUGCUCAUUCUAGAUGACAGUGAUCCAAACUGGUGGAAAGGAGAGAAUCAUCGAGGAGUAGGCCUAUUCCCUUCUAACUUUGUCACCACCAACCUGAAUGCUGAACCAGACCCUGUGAUGUAUGUAGAGAAGACAGUAGUCCCAGAAGAGCCCAUCGUUGAAGUCAAAGCUGAACCUGAGCCUGUGUAUAUAGAUGAGGAGAAGAUGGACAAAACUCUCUACCUUCUCCAGAACACAGACCCUGCAGAUGCCACACCUGACAUCCCAGAGCUGAUCACAUUAGAAGAUGCUUGUGAAAAGAUGAACCCAAUGAUUGAUGAGAAACUAGAAGAGAUUGACAGGAAGCACUCAGAGUUGUCCGAGCUGAAUGUGAAGGUGCUGGAGGCUCUGGAGCUGUAUAACCAGCUAAUGAAUGAGGCUCCACUUUACAAUGCAUACUCCAAAAUGCAGACUAUCCAAGGCACUUACCCAGGAGCCCCUACACCUCUCACUAUGCAGGGUUAUCAACCGUCUGGAGCCUACAUGUCUUCUGGUGUUCCACAGGGCUAUAGUCUUACGGACCAAGCUGGCCCUCUCUGCUCUCUUCCUCCUUCAGUCAAUUCAGCGGCCCCCAGCCAACCAGCACAACCUCCUUACAUCAGCGGCCACAUGAAUGCACAAUACGUGAACCAAGCUCCUGGAGCCCCUUACCCGCCACAGAUGGGCGUGGCUAUGGACAUGUCUGCCUAUCAGAACGCUAAUCCUGGUCUGCCUCCAACCUCCUAUCCCAUGUCAGCUCCAGCCCAGCAGCAACAAGCGGCCUUCUACCAGCAACCCCUUCUGUAAGACUGUACGACAGGUCCGACUCCACAGCAAUUAAUAUCCAAUGCAAAUUCCAAAUGGUGAAAUGAGGUCGAGAGCAUUUUCCUCUCUCGUCUCUAUUGAUGUCAAGGGGUAUGCAAAGAUUCGCUGACAUUUGUCUUCGCAGGACAGAGAUGUAAUCCACUCGAAAGGAAGCAAGCAUUUCUUUUUCUCUCCCACUCAUUAACCCAUUAAGCAGUUUAGGGCAGGUGUUCAGAAUUGAUGGAACGAGUCACACUAACCAUAAACAUAAUUUUCAUCAUCUUGUGAUCAUCACCAGCAUAUUCGUCUUUUUUUCUGAUUGUGAAUUUAAGACUAAAUGGUAAAAUGCACAUGCAUGAUAUUAUUCUUCAUUUGAAGAGACAAUUCUUUAAGACUUAUGAUUAAUUGUUGCCAUUUUCCAUUUAUUUCUGGGUUAACUGACUUAAGAUUAAUUUCUUGGCUUUCUAAAGCAAAUGUGGGUGUUUUAUCGAUGGCAUUGUGCGUUAUAGAGAGGACAAUUGAAUGAAGAAGAUUAUACAUGGAUCACCAAAUCUGGAAUGAUUUUAUGUGCCAAUACUUGAGCACUUGUAUAAACUCUUAAAAUCAAAUUGGCAGUUUUAGUUUCAACACGCUGUUAGUGAUUCCAGAAUUAUGGGACAGAUUUAGUUGGUGCAACCAAAUGCUAGAGACUUUCAUGUAAUAUUCAUAAAUUCCUUUACAACCUGUGCUUUAGAACUGACAGUGGUCACAAAUGCAAUCCCUUUAUGGUCAAUCCAUAUGUUUCACUGUAUAAUGAUAUUUAUAAUAUGCAAGAACCGCUUGUGUUUGGAUUGUGGGUGUUUGCUGUUGUUUGAUUUAAUUUAAGCAUGUAAAAGUGCAAACAGUAUAAUUUUCAUCUGGUCUAUAAUUUCCUCUGCUGGAAAUGAUUGAUUAAUUGUUGUUUUUUUGCUUCUUACAUAAGUGAAGAAAUGUGCUUUGCUGAUGUGCUCAGCCAUUUCUCCUUAACUGAAGUGAGCAAAUGUAUAAUUCCCUUACCAUAUAGACGGCUUUCAUUCGUGUUAAAAUGGGAUUAAUGUAGUAAAAUAUAGAUGAAAAUUGUCUUUAUUUUUUUUCAUAAUCUGCUCGAAAAAAGAUAUUGUAUAUUAGUUGUUAAAUAAAUGGCUUUGUCUGUAUUGCACCUUAACUUUAUAAACAUUUAUUUACCACCAGAUGCCUUGUUCUUUCACGAGACCGAAUAAACAUAAAAACCAAUUCAAAAGACUUUAUUUCAGAAGCUGCUGUAUAUUUGUAAACCUGUAUGUUUUAAGAGAUUUAGAGGGAAAUCUGUAUUGUACUCAUGGAUUCAAUGUUUUGUAACAUCAAGAUUUCUUUGUAUCCUGCCUGCUCAUUUUUCAAAAUUCUUUUUGUAACACAGUGAACUGUUAAAGUCUUCAGAAAAUAAAAACUACCUGUUUCAGA